UUGGGGUCUGUUUGGAGGUUUCCCGUAAGAUUCUUCACUUAGAGGACACUUUUGAAGAUCCAAACCAAUCCCAUAAGGCCAUAAAUACAUACAUACCCUCUUUCACAGUCUUACCCAUUCCUUCACAAUUAGGUUUUCUUCUUCUUGUUCUUCAUCCAUGUCUCUCUGUUUCUCAAGCUUUUGCACCUCACCCACUUCCAUAGUUGGGUUCUGAACCAAAGUUUGAGUCUUGGUUUGGAUUUGGUGGUAAAGUUUGAGUCUUGGGGUGGAUCAGAGAUCGAAUUUGGGGGAGAAAUCAGAGGCGUUUGGUUGACUUUUUGGAACAGAGAGUUUGAUCAGUGAGAAAAGUUUUCAGAUUUCGUGGAAUGGUGCAUGAGGAUAAUAACAGUGUGUGUGAAUUAAAGUGAAAAGCUUUUGGGGUUUUGGGAUUUGAAGUCUGGGGUUUUGGUUUUCAGGGGACUUGCAUGUGUAAACUUUAAAAGGGUCCUCUGCUCAGCUGUGGAGGAUCCCCUAUUGUACUAAGCAAUACCAACAAAAAAAAACAGGGGUUGGGGAUUUGAUGUUGGAUUUGAAAAGAGAUAGUGGAUUGUGAUAAACAGUAAUUGGUUGGUGGAGUUGGGUUUUGAGUUUUCAAGUUUGUGGAUUGUUUCUGUGAAAAUAUUGUAGUAAGGUUUAUCUAAAUUGGUGGGAAAUGUUUGGUUCUGGUCACGGUACGGCCUACCAGAGCAGUGGACUUCCAGGACCCAUUUUAAUUCCGACCCGGUUCGUCUGGCCUUAUGGGGGAAGAAGGGUGUUCCUCAGUGGCUCUUUUACAAGGUGGUUAGAACAUAUACCUAUGUCUCCAAUGGAGGGGUGCCCAACUGCGUUUCAAGUUGUUUGGAACUUAACGCCUGGAUAUCACCAGUACAAGUUCUUGGUGGACGGAGAAUGGCGACAUAACGAGCAACUGCCUUUUGUCACUGGGAAUUGUGGAAUAGUGAAUACCGUCUUUCUAACUGGGGAGCCAGAUACAGUUCCUACUAGUUUCAGUCCCGAGACUUCUGGCAGAUCCAAUAUGGAUGUAGAUAAUGAAGUCUUUACGCGUAUGGAAGUAGCUCCAAGGAUCUCAGCGGCUGAAUUGGAGGUCUCUCGGCAGCGUAUAUCAGUAUUUCUAUCCACACAUACUGCUUACGAGUUGCUUCCUGAGUCAGGCAAGGUCAUUGCCUUGGAUGUCAAUUUACCAGUGAAAGAAGCAUUCCAUAUCCUACACGAACAGGGAGUACCUGUGGCUCCUCUCUGGGAUUUUGAAAAGGGACAAUUUGUAGGAGUUCUUAGCGCAUUGGAUUUCAUCUUAAUAUUGAGAGAGCUUGGGAAUCAUGGGCCAAAUUUGACGGGGGAAGAGCUGGAGACUCAUACUAUAGCAGCAUGGAAAGAGGGAAAAUUAAAUUUGAACAGACAACUUGAUGGAAAUGGGAGAUGCUAUCCGCCACAUUUGAUCUCUGCCGGGCCUUAUGAUUCUCUCAAAGAAGUUGCUGUCAGAAUUCUGCAAAACAAGGUGGCCACAGUUCCAAUUCUUCAUACUUCCUCAGAGGAUGGUUCAUUUCCACAGCUAUUGCAUCUUGCCUCCCUUUCGGGAAUAUUAAAAUGCAUAUGCAGGCAUUUCAGACAUUCUUCUACCUCCUUGCCAAUACUCCAACAUCCUAUUUCAGAAUUCCGUAUAGGUACAUGGGUUCCAAAUAUUGGGGAGUCAAAUGGAAGGCUGCUGGCUAUGUUGAGACCAAAUUCAUCUCUUGCUGAUGCCCUGUCUUUGUUGGUACAAGCUGAAGUUAGUUCAAUACCCAUAGUGGAUGACAAUGAUUCAUUGCUGGAUGUUUAUUCACGAAGUGAUAUUACUGCUUUGGCAAGAGACAAAGCUUAUGCACAGAUUCGCCUUGAUCAAUUGACUAUCCAUCAGACCUUGCAACUUGGGCAAAAUGCAAAUUCUCCUUAUGGCUUCUUCAGUGGUCAGAGAUGUCAGAUGUGUUUGCGAUCUGAUCCUCUGCAUAAAGUGAUGGAGCGGUUGGCGAAUCCAGGUGUGAGGAGACUUGUGAUCGUGGAGGCCGGAAGCAAGCGUGUAGAGGGCAUCAUUUCAUUGAGUGAUGUGUUCAGGUUCUUGCUAGGUUUAGCUUGAGUCUGCUCUGCGGCGGUGAAUUUGGAGGCCAUUUUUUUGUCCUCUGGACACUUUUUAUGUGUUACACAUGCCAAAUGGGUUCCUUUAAUCCCUCAAAAGUUAUGAGGCCUAUGUUUCUGAGCCCCACUUUAGGAUAGGAAUUUCAAGGAGAAAAAAAGAGAGAAGAAUCUGUAAUUGUGAGAUUCAAUUUUUUUCCCUUUCAUUGGUUUAAACCUAUAAUUAUCAACUUGGGUGUUAAUAUCUAGUUUGAAUGGCCUUUUUCUUUC